AUGUCACCUGACCAAUCUUCCACGGCGAGCUCUUCCAUCUCACUCGAGCUUCUCCUCCGUUGCACGCCGUGGUUCGACCUGAUACCUUCCAUCAUGAGAGCGCCGGUUCAAGCUUAUCCGUCGUGCUCAGCCUUCUUCGUUGUCGGAAUCAGCCUCAUCGGAAAGCUCUGGAUCCUCUCCAAUGUAUAUGAGUCAGUUCAUCUAGGCGAGGAAGCGGAAAAUGAAGCUGACCUUCUGACUCAAAUAAGAUUGGUCCAAGGGGAGGAUGAAGCGUUGGUUAAGAUGCUUGGAGAUGAAGUCGUGGGGGUUAUUGGAAGACCAAUAGCGAGACGAAUAUGUGUCCCAAACAAUAAGGAGUCGAGGAAGUACAAGAAAAAUGUACUGAAGGAAGCACACCAAUCUAAGUACUCCAUACACGUAGGUGCGACGAAGAUGUACCACGACCUUAAGCGGUACUAUCAAUUGUCAGGGAUGAAAAGAGAUGUAGCCGGAUGGUUGGCAAAGUGUCCAACAUGUCAGUUAGUAAAAGCAGAGUAUCAGGUUCCAAGUGGCUUGUUGCAGAGUUUAUCCAUGUUUGAGUGA